CCUCUGCGCCUCUGUGCUUGCACCCCUCGCACGCACCGGGAUCUGCUUGACAUCACAGCUUGACCUCGCCGAGCCAGGCGCGCCGUCGGCUGCGGCACCGUCCAGCACAGGCCGCUCGCCGCCAUGCCGCCGCCGCCCAACACCUCGGUGCCCAUGGCCGUCGGCGAGCUGCCGAGCUAUCCGCCACGGCCAUGGUAUCGCCGUGUGCCGUUCAUCUCGACGGAGCCGCGGGCGCCGCUCUCCAACUUUGCCAACCCGACCAUCUCGCCCGAGGCAAAGGCCAACAUCCUGAGCAAGCUCACCUUCUCCUGGCUCAACGGCCUGCUCACCGUCGGCUACACGCGGCCACUGGCGCCCGAUGACCUGUACUGCCUGCAGGACGACAUCCUUGCCGAGCAGUACGCCGACCGCCUCGAGGCGGCAUGGGAGCGGCAAGUGGCGCGUGCCAACGCCAUCAACGCCGCCUAUGCCGCCAAGCACGGCGUGGCGCCGGGCAAGCUGGAGCAGGGCGAGAAGGCGGGCAGUAACACGCCUCCGCCGCGUGCCAGCGUCUGGCGACGGCUGGCGCGGCGGGCGCCCAAGGCACACAAGCCGGCCGAGCCGUCGCUCGUGUGGGCGAUGAACGAGGUGGUCCUGUGGUACUUCUGGACCGGCGGCUUCAUGAAGCUGCUCGCCGACAUCGGCACCAUCACGUCGCCGCUGCUGCUGCGCGCCAUCACCGAGUUCGUCUCGGACUCGUACAACAGCGUGCGCGUCGCCGGCGCGCCACCGGCGCCGAGCAUCGGGCCCGGCAUCGGCCUUGGCCUCGGCCUGUUCUUCGUGCAGCUGGCCAUUGUCUUUCUCAACGUGCACUCCUUCUACCGCGGCUUCGGCACGGGCAUCCGCCUGCGCACUGCGCUCAUCCACGCCACGUACCGCCGCGCGCUCAAGCUCUCGAACCGCGCCCGUGUCAGCGGCGGGCUGGGCACGGCCAAGCUCGUCAGCCUGAUCAGUGCGGACGUCAGCCGCAUAGACUACUGUUGCCAGUUCUUCCACAUGGCCUGGACCUCGCUCGUCCAAAUAGCAAUCUGUCUUGCGCUCAUGAUCUACACGCUCGGCUACUCGGCGCUGCCGGGCUUCGCCUUUGUGCUGCUGCUCUCGCCGACGCAGUCGCUCAUCACCAAGCACCUCUUCUCGCUGCGCAAGCGCUCGAUGCGCUGGACCGAUGCGCGCGUCAAGGCCAUCACCGAGCUCAUGUCGGGCAUCCGCGUCAUCAAGACGUUCGCCUGGGAGGUGCCGUAUCUCGAGCGCAUCGCCACGCUGCGCGCCAAGGAGCUCUCGUUUCUGCGACGCCGGCUCGGCUGGCGCAGCGCCAACAUCGCCGUCGCCUUCGCCGUGCCGACGCUCGCGGCCGUCAUCAGCUUCAUCACGUAUAGCGCCACGGGCCACAGCCUCACCGGCGAGGCGGGCCGCAUCUUCUCGGCGCUGACGUUCUUCCAGCUGCUGCGCACGCCGCUGCAGUUCCUGCCCGUCUCGUGGAACGCCAUCGCGGAUGCGACAAAUGCGGCACGACGUGUGUCCCUCGUGUUCAAGGGCGAGGUCGCACCCGAGGGCCACCCUGUCGACCGGCACCAGACCGAGGGCCUCUUGGUGUCAGACGCCAGCUUCGAGUGGGACAGCGCGCCGCCGACGCUCAAGGGCGGCAAGGGCGGUGCGCCGGGCGUGGCCAAGGACGCAAAGCAGCUGCGCCAGGACUCCGAAAAGACAGCUUCCGACCCGGCGCCGCGCCCGUCGCGCCUCGAGAACAUCACGAUGCAGGUCCCGCGGGGCAGCCUCGUGGCGAUCGUCGGCCCGAUCGGCUCGGGCAAGAGCUCGCUGAUCAGCGCGCUCGCGGGCGAGAUGCGCAAGACGGCCGGCAGCGUGACGCUCGGCGGCUCGCUCGGCCUCUGCGCGCAGUCGGCGUGGAUCCUGAGCUCGACAGUCCGCAACAACAUCAUCUUCGGCAAGGAGUACGACGAGGCACGCUACAAGCGCGUCGUGCGCGACUGCUGUCUGCUGCCCGACUUUGCGAUGCUGCCCGACGGCGACCAGACGGUCGUCGGCGAGAAGGGCGUGUCGCUGUCGGGCGGCCAGCGCCAGCGCGUCAACAUCGCGCGCGCCGUGUACCACGACGAUGAAGUCAUCCUUCUAGACGAUUGCUUCUCAGCGCUCGAUGCGCACGUCGGCGAGGCCGUGUUCCGCCGCGUCAUCCUCGGCUCGAUGCGGCAGAAGACGCGCAUCCUGGCGACGCACGCGCUGCACCUGCUCGCAUCCGUGGACUACAUCUACACGCUCGACGGCGGGCGCAUCGCCGAGCACGGCACGUAUGAGGCGCUGAUGCGCAACGCCGGCUCGUUCGCGCAGUACGUCGACAAGUACGGCGGUGUGCAGGGCGGCGCCGUGCGCAUGGAGCACCUCGAGGACGUCGACGAGGCCGACACCGUGGACAGCGAGGCCACGAAGCUCAACGACGACAAGGCUGCGCACCGUGCCACCGACCGCGAGGUGGAUCCGACCGUCUCGGCCCCGAACGACGCCAAGGCACAGGACGGUCUCUCCGAGGGCGACCCGGAGAAGAAGAAGCGCGAGCUCGUCGAGGGCAGCAAGCCCAAGGCGCUGAUGCAGGUCGAGGAGCGCAACACCGGCUCCGUGUCCAAGCACACGUAUGCGCAGUACUUUGGCGCGGGCAACAUCGCCCUGCUGCUGCCGCUCUUCGUGCUGGCCGUCAUCGUCUUCCAGGGCUCGACGAUCCUCAGUCCGCUCUGGCUGCUCUGGUGGCAGGAGCAGACGUACGGCCUGCAGCAGGGCGCCUACAUGGGCGGCUAUGCUGCAUUCGGCAUUGGCCAGGCCGUGGGCCUGCUGUGCAUGGGCCAGGUGUUCGCAUUCUUCACGUACUUCAGCUCGCGCACGCUGCACCGCCGCGCCCUCGAGCGUGUGGCCCAUGCGCCGACAUCCUUCUUCGACACGACGCCGCUCGGUCGCAUCACGCAUCGCUUCAGCAAGGACGUCGACGUGAUCGACAACGUCAUCGGCGACGCCAUUCGCACGUUCCUCGGCACAGUCGUCCAAGUAAUUGGCUCGAUCGUGCUGAUCGCCUACCUCACGCCGUACUUCCUCAUCGCCGUCGGCGUCAUGGUCGUCUGCUACCUCUGGACGGGCCUGUACUACCGCACGAGCUCGCGCGAGCUGCGCCGCCUCGACGCCGUGCUCCGCUCGCAGAUGUACGAGCACUUCUCCGAGUCGCUCACCGGCAUCAGCACGAUCCGCGCGUACAGCGAGUCGAAGACGUUUCUGCACGAGAACGCCCGGCGCAUCGACGUUGAGAACAGGGCAUACUGGCUGUCGAUGGCCUGCCAGCGCUGGCUCUCCAUCCGCCUCGACUCGUUCGGCGCGUUCCUCGUGCUGGCCGUCGCCAUGCUCACCGUCGGCACGCGCUUCACGAUCAGCCCGGGCCAGACCGGCGUGGCGCUCUCCUACAUCCUCUCCGCGCAGAGCAUCUGGUCGUGGGUCAUCCGGCAGAGCGCCGAGAUCGAGAACAACAUGAGCUCGGUCGAGCGCAUGGUGCACUACGCCAACCACGUCGAGACGGAGCCGCCGCACUCGGUGCCCGAGACGGACAGCAAGCUGCCGGCUGCGUGGCCUGCCGCGGGCGAGAUCCGCUUCGAGCACGUCACUGCCAGACAUCGCCCGGACCUGCCCGUCGUGCUCGACGGCAUCGACCUGACGAUUGCGCCCGGCGAGCACGUGGCCGUCUGCGGCCGCACGGGCGCGGGCAAGAGCACUCUCGUCACGCUGCUGCUGCGUCUCAUGGAGCUCUCUGGCGGCUCAAUCAAGAUCGACGGCGUGGACAUCGCCGGGCUCGGCCUUGCGGCGCUGCGGAGCAAGAUCUCCAUAAUCCCCCAGGACGCACUUUUGUUCUCUGGCUCGCUGCGCUACAAUCUCGACCCGCUCGACGAGCGUGACGAUGCAACGCUCAACGACGCCAUGCGCCGCGCGUGCCUCGUCAAGGGCCCGUCCGAGUCGUCAGCGUCGAGCAUGACGGUGGAGCCGCAGUCGGAGGAGUCCGGCACGGCACAGCUCACGCUCGACACCGAGAUUGAGGAGGAGGGCCGCAAUCUCUCCGUCGGCCAGCGCGCCCUCGUCUCGAUGGCCCGGGCGCUCGCGCGCGGCACCCAGAUCGUCGUGCUGGACGAGGCUACUGCCUCUGUCGACUACUCGACCGACGCAGCCAUCCAGCGCACGCUGUCCGUCGACAUGGCAGCACGUACAGUGCUGACCGUUGCGCACCGCAUGCACACCAUCCUUGCCUACGACCGCGUGUGCGUGCUCGACAGCGGCCGCCUCGUCGAGGCAGGCCCGCCGCUCGAGCUCUUCGACCGCGGCGCGGCCGACGGCGCAUUCCGCCGCAUGGCCGACAGCUCCAACAUCGGGCGCCGCGAGAUCGAAGAGGCGCAGGCAAAGCGACAGCAGCUGCGUGCAGCUCACCGCCCGCCGCCGGCCUCGACCCUGCCCUAGACCUAGAUGAGCAGCGCUCCACCCUUGCUUCGUUUGCACUGGCCGACCCGCGCGCUCUUUGUGCUGCUCCAAAACCUGCUCUGCUUCUGCACGCCGCGGCAUCUGUACUCCUAUUCAUGCAUUAACGAGA